GGGGGACGUUCCCCUUUAAUAAACAGAUUCUCAUUGUGAAGGUCAAAAUUGCUCUAAGCAAUCUCUAUGCCUAUACGUGUAACGAGCAAACCUUAGUGUAAUUGCUUCGUAUCAAAUAUGGCGCAAAUGAUGAUACCUAGGAUUGCGCUUUUAUCUAUUAAAAAUAAUAAUCGAGUAAUACCUCGAAUUUUUGUGCCGUUAAAAUAUAAACGAUCAUGUUUCCAUACAAGCUGGGUUCUCGAUGUCAAGGGAAAGGAGGUUUUAAUGCCUUCCUUGUCACCUACUAUGGAAAGUGGUACUAUUGUCAAAUGGCUCAAAAAAGAAGGUGACAAAAUCGAUGCAGGAGAUGCACUUGCUGAUAUUCAAACUGAUAAAGCUAUUGUUACUAUGGAAAUUGAUGAUGACAGUAUUCUUGCAAAAAUAAUUGUGCAAGAAGGAGUUAAAGAUAUCAAAGUAGGUACAUUAAUAGCACUUACUGUUGAUGUAGAUGAAGAUUGGAAAUCUGUGGAAAUGCCCGAUAAUGUUUCAACUGUUUCUGCUGCUCCAUCACCAUCACCUUCUGCACCAACAGUGACACAUUCUACAAGUGCACCAGCUCAACCACCUCCUGGCCAAAUAAAUGUUACUAUGCCAGCAUUAUCACCAACAAUGACUUCAGGAACAAUAGUAAAAUGGCUUAAAAAGGAAGGAGAAGAAAUAGAACCAGGAGAUGCACUGGCAGAAAUCCAAACAGACAAAGCUGUUAUGACUUUUGAAGUUGAAGAUGAAGCCAUAUUUGCAAAAAUUCUUGUUCCUGAAGGAGGUCAAGUGGAAGUAGGACAAUUAAUUGCCAUCACAGUAGAAAAAGGAAUGGAUUGGAAAAAUGUUGUUGUUCCAACAACAACUGGACCACCUGCAGCUGCUUCUGCAGCUACUCCAUCUGCAACAGCUGUAUCAGAUAAAAUGCCUGCACCAAGUGGACAAGUGUAUGGUUUAGCAGUUAAACGUUUAUUAGAAGAAUAUGGAUUGAAUGCAGAAUCUAUUAAAGGAACUGGCCGACCCAAUCGAUUGUUGAAGAGUGAUGUUUUAACUUAUAUUCAAACAAAUAAUGUAAAAAGAGUUGCACCAAAAACAGCACCACCACCUCAAGUUGAUAAAGGUAAAACAGAACCAAGUGUUGGUCCUUCAAAGGUACAUGUACCCAGUGGUCGCCCCUCCGCUUAUGAAGAUAUUCCAGUUUCUAACAUACGCGGUGUUAUUGCAAAAAGACUUGGAGAAUCAAAAAGCACUAUACCGCAUUCUUAUGCAUUUGUCGAUAUUAAAAUCAAUAAACUAAAUGAAAUUCGUAAUGAACUAAAAACUGACGGCAUUAAAGUUUCGAUAAACGAUUUCGUUACGAAAGCAGCGGCACACGCAUUAAUCGAAUGUCCAUUUAUCAAUACGUUGUAUCAAAAUGGUCAAAUAAUUCGUAUGCCAAGGGUUGAUAUUUCUGUCGCAGUUGCUACAGAAACAGGACUUAUUACGCCAAUCAUUUUUGACACUGCAGCUAAAAGUGUAGCAGAUAUUUCAAAUAAUAUUAAAGAAUUAGCUGAGAAAGCUAGGAAUGGUCGAUUAAAACCAGAAGAAUUCCAGGGAGGAACAUUCACAAUAUCUAAUUUAGGAAUGUUUGGUAUUAAGCAAUUCAGUGCCAUUAUAAAUCCUCCUCAAACAGCAAUACUUGCAGUUGGAACUGGUCGAGAAGAAUUGGAUGCUGCACUACAAAAAGUAAUGAGAAUGUCAACAACCUUAUCAUACGACAGACGAGCAAUUGAUGAAGAACAAGCUGCAGACUUUUUGGCUGUCUUAAGAGCUAUGUUGGAAGAUCCUACUUUCCUCGUCGCUGGUAAAUUACGAGCGCUAAGGUACGCACAGGACUGACCUUUAAUUAAAUCUUGCAAGACUUAAAAGAAACCCUAAAUGAAAUCUUAAAAGAUUUAUUGAAAAAUGAUUUAGGUUUUAGGUUGUAGGUAUAUUUUA